GCGCUAAUUAAACUUUAAGUAUUUUGUGCGGUCAGCAGGCGAGUUUAUUUAAACUCGAUUUAAAUAUAGAGUUAACGUUAACGCUAGUAAAAUGUGAUUUCGAAGCACAGGAUGCUGCAAAGACGAGAGCCAAUUGCCUGUUAAUGCGGCCAUGUACUGAGUGCUGAGUGGAAAACCUCAGUAAGGCUGCCCAGAGGCGAGAAUCAGUCAGGCGUAUGCUAAAAAGUACUGCCCCCCGCCCCAAGCAUGAGUAACUAGCCGUGCCAAUAAUCGUACCCAGGUACUCUCACUCGUGUGCACUAAACGUCUCUGCUGCUUUGCUUAAUAGCCAACAGUUGAUGCUGCUGCUGCUGCUGUUGCUGCUCUGGCUCUAACUUUUUGUUGGCCAGUACUUGUGCAACCUGCGCUGGCUAAAAGUGUCACGGCAAGCGGAUAUUGUGCAGUUGACAACGGUCCUAAUUUCAAUAUUAGCGCGAAAAGACUGCAAAAUGUUCAAAGCUUCAGCGCAUAAUUCAAUUUAAAACUGACGAAUCCUAUUAAAACAGACAUGCAGCAAACAAAACGAGCAACAACAAACUUUGUUGGCAAAUUCACGCAGAGCGUGCGUCGCAUUGUGCAGGAUGUGAAGGACGAGGGUGCACCCAGUGGCAUGACACGCGAUGAGGUCAUCGAGACCAAUGAGCGACUGCGCUCGCUGCGUUUGCGACUGGAGGAGUCCUACGAUACGGUUAAGCAGGCGCUAAUUAAUCUGAUGAACAAGUAUGGCGACUCCAAAAGCCAUCGCAAUAUCUUUCAGCGCUAUCCAAUGCUUAAGCUGAUGAUAAAGGAAGUCAUACGCCUGGAGACACAAUACUGGACGCUGGUGGAUAUACCGCGGCAGGAGAAGCAGGAAACUGUGCCCUCAUAUGUAAUGCGCGCCUGUUCUAUUAUGGAGAAGACACAAAAGUCCGGCGAGGGCGUUAAGACCAGCGCCAAGCUUGCGGAUGAGGCUGCCGAGCGUCGGGAGCGCAUGGAGCGUUUAGAGCACAUGACAACUGCACAAAUCGAGCAUGAGAACACGCAGCUGAUUAAUGAUUUGUAUCGUCUGCUGAAAAAAUAUCUUGGCCUGCGGCACUUGAUACGCGUGCUAAAGGAAGAGUAUGGCAGCUCAAAGAUGUAUCCGAUAUUUCCUCGCUACACAAUGCUCAAGGACAUGAUAAAGGGCAUAAUGCACGACCCCGACUACAUGGAGGUGUGUCACGAAACGCUGGCCAACUCCAACUGAGCCGAGGCCUCCGGAAAUGGCAGGCGUCGCAUGAGUGUCAUUUGAGAGGGCCAUACAUAAAGCUAAAAGAAGAAAACCGGACAACAGUAGAAGCAACAGCAGCAGCAGCAGCAGCAGCACAUGCUCAACAUACAGGAUGCAGGAUAUGGGAGCUAAACAUAUGUACGUUAUGUCUUUUAACUGUUUGUAUGUGUAUGCGUCUGUCUGCUGUGUGUGCUGAGCUGAUUUCGCAUGCGACUUUAUGUCAUUCCGCAAAAUGUUUAGAAAUUUUUUUAAAAAAUUCUUUGAUGUGUGCGCCACACACACAAAAGCCGAAGAGCGAUGUGAACUUUUCGCAUAGUUAGCUACAAAUCUUUAGGUAAUUUUAGCCAAAGCUAAAGGGCGCAACCGACAAACUACUUAGUAACUUUAAACUAUAUAGACCAAACCCCCCCCACCCCACCCACUUUCAAGCCACAACAAGAAACUAUAACAAGAAUAAACUAUUUACUACGCUUGGGUACUUGGAAUUGCCAGCGAAGCGAAACAAAAGAAACGCAUUUAUUUUAAUGAAAUUUUGAUGACGACCACAAAACUAAACACUACAAUAUAAACUUAUACAUACUUAUACUUAUACAAAAAGAAACAGUUACUAGUCUAGUCACCUACUCUAACUAUAAACAAAACGACUCAAAACGCAACUAUGCCACCAAGACAAAUUAACUAUCCACAGCAGCCAUAUCUAUAACUCUAACUUAACUUGUAUGAAUGUAUAUUUUCCAUUUCUUAACUAGUUAGACAAUAUACGGGAAUAGUUCCCAAAACUAAAAGCAAAAGCAAAGCAAAGCGCAAACAAAACAAUUUCUUAAAUGUUUUUUAACACCAAAAUGAAAACAAGCAAUUUAUUCAAGUUUAGAAACAUAUAUACUCAGGAUCAUUUGCUAUGGUUCCUUGCUGCUCUCCAAAUUCAUUUUGUAGCUGACAAAUGUUAACGCUUUAAAUGUGUAAUUAUAUAAGUCCUAGCAACAAUUUGUUAAAUGUUUAAAUUAACGCAUAUAAAGCUCAAA